AUGGCAUCCAUAGAAUCGCUUCUGAACCCGCUCCCUGACGCAAGUCAGUUCUCUCUCCCAAGCCCGGCUCCGACGAGCUCCGACGCGGCUCCUUGCAGUGAACCACGUCAGAAGAAACCGAAGAUCGCGAAAGAUGCUCCCAUCUUCAACAGGGGAAAAAUUAGGGGAGAGCUGCGGUAUCCGCCCUGUGAGGAACGCGACGAAGCGUUAACCCAAGCGCAUCGCAAGUUCCAACUCCAACCCAUGGGGGAUAUUGCCGAAUAUCCUAGACACAUACCCUAUAACAGCGACAAGAAGACGUUCCAAGAGAAGACCGGACGGGAAAGCUUUGAAGUGUUCCAGUAUACGUUCAAGAUCCCGGGCCAAGAGAAGCAAUGGACAGUGACGUGGGACUAUAACAUCGGGCUUGUCCGUACAACGCAUCUUUUCAAGUGUCAACAAUACUCCAAGACCACUCCUGCCAAAGUCCUGAAUGCGAACCCCGGUCUUCGCGACAUCUGUCACAGUAUCACAGGCGGGGCGCUCGCAGCACAAGGAUACUGGAUGCCCUUCGAAACCGCAAAGGCUGUUGCUGCAACAUUCUGCUGGAAUAUCCGCCACGCGCUCACGCCGCUGUUCGGCGUUGACUUCCCAUCCCUAUGCGUGCCCCCCACCAACACCAGUCAAUAUGGACACAUGCUCAUAGAUCGGGACAUCGUGCAAAAGGCGACCGACACCGCGAACUACUACCGAAUGCUCGAGCUUCACUCUCCGGAAGUCACCUCCCUCCCACCUAUCUUGCACCAUAAUACACACCCCCAUGGCGAGCCCGAUCGCUCUGCCUCAUCGCUGGACUGCAACACCCCAGACACAUAUAAUGGGAUGCCAAACAGUCCGAUCCGCAACACAUUCACCCCGGUGAACACACCCUGCAGCACGGAAGCAGCGUCUUCGAGCCCACGGCAGGUCCUGGCUGCUCUUUCGAGAGUGCGCAGCAAAACCAACGACGACAGUGGUUCUGAGGGAACACAUUCCUCUACCCCGUACUCUGAGAGUAUGGACACACCGACCGAGGGUCUAUCCGACACUGAUGAUGAGUAUCACGCCAGCGACGGUGGCGAUGGCCAUGCCAUCCGGCCGCAGGAUACAACGACUGAUGAUGAUGAAUACAAUAUCGAGACGCGCGCUCGGAAGUACAGAUCGGCGCUCUUCGCCCGGGAGGUGAAGGCUGCACAUGCGCUGCUUAGUCUAUGCAUGCAGGAGGCAACCGGCAGUGACGAAGAGUAUGUCUGGGUUGACAGGGAGCGAAAGAGACGCAGGGCGUCUGCUUAG